CUACAUUUCCCAAGAAAGAAAGCGGAAGAAUAUUUCCACACAACCGUUUGUCGUCGUCAUCUACGAGCUGAGCCUGAGCUCCUUCUUUCUUUCUUUUUCUCGAUCGAGAGAGAGAGAGAGAGAGAGAGAGAGAAUAAAUACUGAGUAGUAGAGUAGCUAGGGUUUGCCGCAUUCCCCUUCCCUAGUGUCCGGAAGGAACAGCUUGUCACGAAAAUAGCUAUGACGCCAAACUAUUUUUGGAAGAAGAAUGCCUGUGGAAAUGCUCCUGGCUUCGGAGCUAUCUUCAUGUCAAACCGGAGUACAAAAGAUGAGUGUUUCGAGAGAAAACUAUUUGGUCUUCCACAUGCUUGUGCUGAGUUUGUAAAAGAAGUCAAAGCUGGAAUGAUUUUAUUUCUUUUUGAGUAUGAGCAGAAAAAACUUUAUGGUGUCUUUCGGGCUGUGUCUGAUGGAAGAAUGGAUAUUGUACCCCAUGCGUAUCAGUCAACCGGGAAAAAGUUCCCUGCACAGGUUUGUUUUACUGUGAUUUGGAAUUGUUGUCCACUUUCUGAACCUGAUUUUCGUGACGCGAUUAGAGAGAAUUACUUUGCAGAGCGGAAGUUCAACAUUGGUCUGUCUAAAUAUCAGGUUGAAAGGCUCCUCUACUUAUUUCACUCUGUAAUGGUUGGAGUUCAGAAAUCUUUGAGCAAAAAGCAAGACAAGAAAAGGCACUCUAACGCUAUGGCUAAAGUAAAUUCCUCCCUAGAUCCUACAGAGGAUUCUGUGGUUGAAAGUCAGGCUACUAAAUUAGUGGAUGUUCCCCAGACACUGAAUGAAAGUACUUCUCCUUUUAAGCACCCAUUCACCACUGGAACCAGCAACCUUUUUACCUCUUUGCAUGAAAAUAUCACUCCCUCUAGUGAUGCAAUAGCAAGCUCAUGUUUUUCUGGAUGUCAACCAGUCCCAUUGGAAAAAGAAUCAGAGUGCAUAGAUGUCUCUUCUUAUACAGCUUCAUCAGGCCUUGGCGAUUACAUACCUUUGUCUUCCCCUGAACAGUUCGAACCAACAGAGACUGGGCAAGCUUUCUCAGAGGCUACCUGUGAUGGUCAUAAAGAUUCGUCCUUGGCUGAAGCAUGUAUAUUUCCAAUGUCUUUUGGAGUGGGGGAUUCAACUCAGCCAUCCUCUGUACACAACGCAGAUGGGGGUCAAUGUGAUGAAAGCUCUCCAGCUCAUCAAAGUGAUAGCUAUCCAAGGGUCAAGGGCCUAUAUUCUGAUAUUCCAGACAAAAAAGGUAGUGUGUUUUCGCGUUUAAAUUUGGAGUCUAAAGCUUCUUUGGAAAAGAAUGAAGACAACUCGGAAGUGACUGAAUCAAUUCAUGAAAUUAUGAAGAAGUUGCAAAAGUCUCACAAAAAAUGGGAAAAGGCAAAUAGGAAAACUGAAAGUGUCGUACAUGGAAUAGGAGAUAGAACUCUGAAAAACAGAUCUAGUGUUUUUUCUCGCUUAAGUAUUGCUUUGGUACAAAGAAACAAUGUCAAGAACUGGAACACUUGGAGGCGUGAAACUGGGGCCAAAGUCCAUGCAGAUGGUGAGGUGGGUGGUUGUUCUUCUGAAAAUAGGCAGAAGAAGAGAAGAUUGGUUAGUCUUAUUAUUAGAGACGAGUUAAACGUCGACACUGAAAUACGCGAUAGGUGGUGUUUGGAAGUUCAGAUGCAACCUCAGGAAAGUUCUGCUGGCAAAGAGAAAGGUGGAAGUUGUGAAGGUUCAACCAAAAGUGAUAAAAGUGGUGAUAAUGAGAUUGGGUUUCCUCCAAAAGACAUAGUAUUAUCUGUCAUAUACCCAACCACUAGUGAUGGGAAAGGUGAAGAGCAAGGGAGGGGCUUGACCAACAUGGAUUUGAUGCUGGGAAAGGAAGAUGGUUCCAUAGCCAACUGUUUUAUCGAGGUGGACCCAAAACCUUUGAAGACAUACCAACGUCGUCGUCGGGUUUGCGAUACUGAGCUGGUUUCUCUUGUUAGUAUUGAAACUGGCAAUGUUAUGUGCUGAAGAACUGGUUAUUGCCAAAGUGUGCUGAAAUCUCUACAUAUUGAGGAAGUGUUUUUUGAAGGAAAUUGGGGAAGGGAAGCAUCUUUAUUAUUCUGGUUUAGGCAUGAGUGUAAAUGAAAGAAGUUUGUAGGGACAAAUGCUAGUAAUAGUUCUAAUAGGAAUUGGAACGAAAAUUGAAUUCCACUAGUGGUUAUAGGGUAGGAACAUAAUAGGAUCCUUGCAGCUUGUGAUGAUAUCUGAAAUACAGUAAUUGGUUGGUACAGAGCACUUUGGGCGACAUCCUUCUCGUUACGCUAUUCUGGUUGCUUGAACAAGAUUUCGUGUCCACUGACUUUGUUUGUUUGGUAAAUAUUAGCUCGGUUUCUGCAAAAUUCUGUCCAUGCAUGUAAAUCAGUUGGCACUGAAUCAAAUGUGAUCUUCUGGUGACAUUCUUGACUGGGUUGAAUAGAUAUGCAUGUACUCCCAUAGCUA